ACUGCGUGAGACCAGUCCGCCUCAAGAUCCGGUGCGCGCGCGUCGCUCGAACGCCAUUUUGUUUUUCAAACUUUCGAAUUACUUGGAUGUGUGAAGUGAACUCAAGUGUUGAGAAUUGUGAAAUACAUAAGCAAAUCUUCUUGAUACUUGCAAUAAGGAUGCUCUAUUACAGCUGUUUUUCGUCAUAAAGAUUUUGCAGAAUAAUUUCCUAGUGAAAAGUGAGAAAGUGUUGACAAGUGCUAAAUGAAGUGAAGUGAUGAUAGCGAAGUGCAGUGAAAACUCAACACAAAUGAAGCGACGCCGACUGAGAGUGGUUACAAUAACAACCGCUGUGCAGUGAAUACCGAACAAUGAUCGUGGAAAGUACUUGGAUUUUCAUCACAGGAUGUAUUGCUUUAGCAUCAGCUCAAUUCUCUCCUGAGUUCAACAUCCCAGCCAUCACCAGGGUGGAUCGGAACUGGUUUGCGAUGUCCACAGACCCUGUGGGCUCCGUAGUCACGAGGGUCCACAGGGAACGGACUUGGAACCAGAAUGUUACCUUCGGCUUGGAGACCUCUGGGCCUCCAGCCCCCUUCACCAUCGAUCCGCAGACUGGAGUGGUCACUGUCAACGAUACGCUUAAAGAUAAGGAAAACUGUUCCUACUCAUUAUGGGUGACAGCAUUCGAUGGGUUUAUACCUCAACGGACAGAAGUGUUAGCAACAAUAACUAACAGUUUGGGCCAGAGACCGAUACCCCAUCCACCUCCGUACCUGCCGUUUCCUGGCACAUCGCACCAGUUUCCUGGCCUGGAACUGCCAUCACUGCCACCGCCACCAAAGUACCCUACAACUACGCAAAGCACAACCAAAGCAACGGAGAAAAUUAUAGAAGUACCGACAACUGUACCUGAUACAACAACAGUCACAACUAAUAGUCCACCUAAAAGAACAGACAACGUCACUGAGAAGUUCACGAAGUUAGACAACGAAGGACACAGCACUGGUAAUAUAUCUGAACCAAGUGAUGAACAGCCACUAGGAAACGAUGUACCGUUAGCAGUCAUACCUGUUAUCGCGAUCGGAGGCCUUGUGGUCAUUGUGGUUGCUGUCAUAGUUUUUGUGUGGAGAAAGAACAAUUCCACCAAAACAAAAUCGAAAAAAGAUGACAUGAGCAAAGAUUCGAGCGGUAUAGUCCUCCAAGAUUCUUCGAUAAACUUGUGGAACCGACCGCGGACUUACUCGAAUAGAUACGAGUCUUGGGACAACAAUCACUUGCAGCAUUCCGAAGAAACUACGAUCACCAAAGAGGAGCCUCCAGAUGAGUGGGAAUUCCCGCGACAUCGCCUGAGAGUGUUCAAUAUCAUUGGAGAAGGUGCCUUUGGUCAGGUGUUCAGAGCUCAGGCUAUAGAUAUUGAUGGGAAAAAAGGUGAACAAAUCGUCGCUGUGAAGACGCUCAAAGAAAACGCGUCAGAGAAAGAGAAGACCGAUCUAUUACAGGAGUUGAUCGUGAUGAAGAAUCUAGGAACGCAUCCAAAUGUGGUCAGACUUAUUGGGUGCUGCACGGAAAAGGAGCCAACCCUAGUGAUAAUGGAGUUCGUGAGCAUAGGCAAGCUGCAGCAGUUCCUAAGAGACUCCAGAGCGGAACGGCAUUACGGGAACACGCAUGGAAGUCAGUUCCUCACAUCUAGGGACCUGACGCACUUCGCGUUCCAAGUUGCUAGAGGGAUGGAGUUCCUAAGUUCAAAAGGGAUAAUCCACAGGGAUUUAGCAGCAAGAAACGUGCUCAUAACCGAAGAGAGAACGUGUAAGGUUGCAGACUUCGGACUCGCGAGAGACGUCGGAGGUACACACGUGUAUGAAAGAAAGAGCGAUGGACGUCUACCCAUAAGAUGGAUGGCGCCCGAGUCUCUUUACGACGACAUCUUCAGUGUAAAGUCUGAUAUAUGGAGUUUCGGAGUGUUGCUUUGGGAGAUCGUGACACUCGGCUCCACCCCUUACCCAGGCAUGUCCGCUGGUGACGUCAUGCGGAAGGUACACAGCGGCUAUCGUCUAGAAAAGCCAGAGCAUUGUCGCCGCGAACUCUACAACAUCAUGUACUACUGCUGGGAGGCGAAGCCUACAGACCGUCCAGACUUUCCAGAAGUCGUGGCCAUGUUGGAACGACUGCUAUGCACUGAAACCGACUACAUCGAGCUGGAAAGAUUCCCCGACCAUUCGUACUAUAACGUGCAACAUUUGGACGGAGAAAAACUUUAAAUCUACAAGACAUUGUGAUUUUGACUUUAAUGGGUACAGAUGCGUCUGCUAUGGGUACAGAUGCGUCUUUUAUGGGUACAGAUGCGUAUGGGCAGUGAAGUUGUAACCGUCCACUUAAAAUAGUGAGCCAUUGCUAAAACGAAACCAAAACUGCAAGUUGAAGCCCAAAUAAAAAAUGUAAAUAAAAGGGCAAUUUCGUAAAACAGUUUUAUUUAAGUUUAGUUAAGACAAUAAUUGAAAAACGAUCAUGCUUUUCGAAAAAAAUACGUAAAAUGUUUCUCUUUAAAAGUAACUAAUGAUUUCACUGGUAUGAUUUUGCAUAAAUUACAAAAUAUAUAAAAAAAACACCAUAAUUAAUCAAUAAAGCAAGCUGUUUCUCAACAUAGUUUCUACAGUUGAGGUACUUGCCGGUCCUUAUUGGUCCCAAUAACCCUGUCAUAAUUUUUCUACGAUUCAAAAUUAUCAGAUCUCGCUAUGGUCAUUUGCAUCAAGCUAUGCAUAUUAAAUAAAAAAGGUAAAAUAAAACUGAGAUUAAUUUAGGGUAUGGCAAUACUUUUAGCAUAAGUUUUACUCGUGUAGUUAAGAACUAGUCUUUAGAUAAA